AUGUGUAUCUCUUCAUACAUGUUAAUUCUCUCUCUCUCUCUCUUUUCUCAAGGUUUUCUACUCUCAGUUUCAAAAUCUCUGCAAAAGAUAGAAGAUGAAGAUAUGUUGCUAACCACAUUAAAUCUAGGAAAAACUCUUCAAAAUGGAGAUAGAACUGCAAACAGAGGAGCUAUACCUUUGCUGAAGCAUUUUAUGACUGAAGACAGCAGCGUUUUGGAUGGAGAAGAUGACAGAAACAUGAAGUUUUUGGACACAGGUUCCAGACGUGAUUUUUUAAAUCAUGUUAUGGCAAUCAACCUGCGUAGAAAACAACUACCUUAUUUUGCACUGAAGGGAGACAUGGUUUUUCCAGCUGACACUGAAAUUCAAAAUAUUGAAUCAAUACAGGAAAGAGAGACUCCUGACGAAGAAAAUUUAGCUAAAUUCCCUAUAGGAAGAAGAGAUUUUGACAUGCUCAGAUGUAUGCUGGGAAGAGUCUACAGACCUUGUUGGCAAGUCUGA